GGAAGAGUGAUGCAUUUCGGGAUACAUUCAAAUGACAGAUCCCAGGCAACCAGACGCCUGUGGGUUUUUAUAUAAACUUUGAAAAUGGAAUCACUAAGUUAUGUUACAUUGAAAACAGCAAACCAAGCUAGGGAGGCGGAAGAACAAAGGACAGAACAGCGUAAACGAAACCUCCUUGUACUAGUACUUCAUCAUCUAGUAGAUGCAGGGUACAUAGAAUCGGCCAAAGCACUAGAAUCUGAAGGAAAUCUGAGCUUCAGCAGGUUUGAAGUAUGUGAUAAUAUAGAUCUACCUACCAUUCUCAUGGAAUAUGAAUCGUAUUACUAUGUAAAAUUUGGAAAAUAUCCCAAAAUAACCAAGAAAUUGUCAUCAGGUGAUAUUCCUCAACAGAAAGGUGGAAGUGGGAGACGGAAUCGAAAAGGCAGCACUCCAAGCCUUCCAAAAAUCCCCCAUGUUCCAGAGCCAAGGGAUCAGGUUUCGUCAGGGAACUCUGCUUCACGGCGACGGCCAACUUCUUCCAACCCGGCGAUGCGUAAGCAACAAAGUAUUGAAAGGAAACCAAAGCCUGAGGUGAACGGCAAACCCCAACAGGUAAAUGGUAACAUUGACCCCCUGUCUGACUUGGCUGUGUCUGGGUCAACUGUUGCCUCCCCUAAGGGCAAUGAUGCAGAUGGACAUAGAGGAAAUUCUGGAAAACUUCCCCCUCGGAGGGGACCCAUCAUCGACAUGAGGGCUAUGUUGAACAAUGCUGUGAAGGGGGCAACACAAGAGUAUCUCACAGACUCUGAUCCAUCAGAAAGAUUAUUAAAACCAUUAGGCGGCUAUGCCGGCUACUCUCUAGAGUGGCGUGAGUUAGCUCAGAGUAUUAGCAAGGAUAUAUACUUAAACAAUCCUAAUGUACGAUGGGAUGAUAUCAUUGGUCUAGAUGCAGCCAAACGUUUAGUCAAAGAAUCUGUAGUGUACCCUAUAAAGUACCCACAACUCUUCACUGGAAUACUGUCACCGUGGAAAGGUCUGUUAUUAUAUGGUCCACCGGGCACAGGUAAAACACUGCUAGCUAAAGCCGUUGCCACAGAAUGUAACACAACGUUCUUCAACAUAUCAGCAUCUAGCAUUGUGAGCAAGUGGCGAGGAGACUCAGAGAAACUAGUUAGGGUAUUAUUUGAACUAGCAAGAUUUCAUGCUCCAUCCACAAUAUUUCUUGAUGAAUUGGAGUCCCUGAUGAGUCAGAGGGGAUCACUAGCUGGAGGAGAACAUGAGGGCAGUAGGCGGAUGAAAACAGAGCUCUUAGUACAAAUGGAUGGCCUAGCUAAAUCUGAUGAUCUUGUAUUUCUUCUAGCUGCAUCAAAUUUACCUUGGGAAUUAGACCAUGCAAUGUUGCGACGUUUAGAAAAGCGAAUUUUAGUUGAUUUGCCAACGACAGAAGCAAGAGAGAAAAUGAUUGAAUUUCAUCUGCCGUUAGUUCUUAAUCCAGACUGUGUUUUGUCUAUCAAAACUAACCUUGAUUACAUUGACUUAGCCGAAAAAACAGAAGGAUACUCGGGAUCUGAUUUGAAAUUAGUCUGCAAAGAAGCCGCCAUGAGGCCAGUAAGGAAGGUCUUUGAUAUACUGGAAUCGGCCCAGAUAGAUCGAGAUCAUGGUAACAUAUAUUGGUUGAAGGAUGAAUCAAUUCCAGAGUUCUCAAUUGAUCCAAUUACAACAGAAGAUGUGGAAGCAGUACUAAAACACACCAAGCCCUCUGCAAGGAUGUUGCAGAAAAAGUACAUGGAAUGGCAGAAGGAAUACGAGUCUGUGUAGAGGAAAGUGCCCUCCGGGAGGAAGCAGCCGAGGAGCAUAUGGAAUGCAAAAUGAAUAUGAGAUUAUAUAGAGGUUCAUAUGUGUUAUGAGCUUACCUAGAAAAUCUCUAAGCCCUCUGCAAGAAUGCAAUCAGUGAAUUAUGAAACGACAGAAUACUGGAGUAUGUAUAGAUCCUCUUGAAUAUCAGCUUUUGUAGUAUAACAUGCCAUCUCCUGUACCCCUGAGGAGUGUUCUGUAUGUGUUGUGGUACAGGUAAUGCACCUGUGCUUCGGACAAAGGUAUUCGACACCACAACAUCAUACUAAGUAUCAACAUAUAUACUCUUUGUGGUUAGAAACAAAUUUAAAUAAAGUGCCUUGACCAAGGACACAAGUGAAAUGGACUGUGUUCAUUUUUUUUAUAUAUUAAAUGUAGCAUUUUUUUUAAUGCAAUAUGUAUUUUAUUUAGUGCAAUUAUGAUUAUAAAUAUGGGUGUAAUGCACUGUAUGUAGGCAGUUAAAUUGAAGAAUAUAUGCUGUCAAUGUGGUCCAAAAUUCACACCAAAUAUUUACCUAGAUUUGUAUUUGUUGUGUAAUUUGAAUGGAUAUAUAUAUUUUUUGACUGUGGUACUUGCCUAAAGCCAGGAUUAAUCUAAAUGUACAGAAGCCUAUUUCCAAGGCUCAAGAAGAGAGAUUAAAAUUUGCAAGAUUAUUUCCAUUAUAAUUAGAGGCAGUAAAUCUGCAUCUUUAAUUAUCAUAAUAGUUGCUACUGUACUGAACAAUAUCUGAUAAUGUAGUAACUAUCAUCAUUUCAUUUUAAAAAGAGGGCCCUGGAUAUCAGCCAACCUUCUAGGAUACGCUGGAAGGGUCACCCUCUAUAAAUGUGGUUAAGAAAAAAAAAAGUUGGUUAAGAAAAAAAAAAGUUGCUAUGUUAACAGUAUAUUGGCUAUGUUCACACAUACACACACACACACACACACACCAGCUAACGGUUAGCAGGAUCCAGAUGAAUAACAUACGCGCUCACACUUGUGUUCAUACAAGAAAACGCCCAAUACAGAUAUAAAAAAAGAUGACCGUGGGAUUACUGGCCAAUGGGAAACUAGAAAUUGGAUAUACAUGUGAUUGGUUAAUGAUAGAAAUGCGCUCAACUUGCUAACCGAUAGCGCUUGCUAACCGUUAGCAUAUCUAGAUCCUGGUAACAUUAUCGUUAUCGUUAACUGAUGGGGCGUUCUUACAUGGGUGCUAAUGGUUAUCUUCUGAUCCGGAUACUAGGGCUCUAGUGUGAACCUAACUACUGUUCUGUAAAUUCUGCAACCAAGACUCCUUAAGAGACCAGAGUAACUGGGGUAUUUUGGUGCCCUAAUGGGGCCCAAGGAAGAACCUUGGUGGUAGUCACAGGGAAGUCUCUGCAGUUUGUGCAUUCAAGCUGCAUAUAUUAUAAAAACCUCAUCAUUAUAUUGAUGGUAUUUCAUUCAAGAAGAGGGGGAUUGUUUAGUUUAUUAGAGGGGCUUAAAAAGGGGGUGGGUUUGGCUGAACCAUGGAAGCACCUAGUUAAAAGACUGAUAUUUAUUUGUCUUUAUUUUGUAGUCACUGUGUGCGCACAAUUUUAUGUUCAAUAUGGGCAAAAUUAAUAAAUUAUUCAAUAUCCCAUAUAAUUUUAACAAAUUUUUUGAAUGAAGUAUAUAGCAAACAGCACGAUUCGAUCUAUUAUGUAUAAAUUUUAGAUUAAUACUAAAGUAUUUGUGUACUGUUUCUGUAAAUAUAUAUAUAUUUAUAUGUAAAUAUACUGCCAUAAGCAUCAUAAAUAUAUAUUAUACUGAAUUGAAAUUAAGCAAAAGGAACAGACCAGUUUUAUAGAUGCAAAUUGAUAUUUUGAAUUUUAAUGAUUGUAAUACUGUAAUAUGAAUGGGUUAAAUAAAUAACAAUUUACAAAUUGAGAUGAAAACAA